AUGCACAUCACAACAGCAAGCACCUCGAUCUGGAGAGUCAGGGCUCUUCGACGGAUUAUUGUUAUUCUGGAGGAAGUAGACGCCUUUUUAAACAUCCAUACCAAAAUGGAUUUUGAUCUAUCAGAAAUCGUAGUCACUUGUUUAAACUUCCUUGUCCUUGUUUGGCGAUGUUAUAAUACCCAAUAUAUCAUCUAUGCAGUGCUUACCGUUAUUCUUGUAACAAACCUAUGGUUGGCAAUAGCUCAGUUUUCAGUUUUGGCCUCUCUCAUAAACAGCAGGUUAGAAGGAGCUUGCGAGUCCUUGGAUGAACUAAAGAUGAGAUCCGAUUCGCCUUACAAAGGUCACAAAGUCGUCAUACUUUCUGAUGUCCACAACAAGCUCUGUGAUGCCAUCGAGAUCCUCCAUACUGCCUUCGCUUGGCUGCUAACUGUAUUGGUCGCUGUGUGCUUUGUAGGAAUCACUGUAUUCACUUUCUACACAUAUGGAGUCCUAAAACGGAAUGAAAACUUUGACAUUCUCCUACUGUUCCAAGACGAGACAGUAUUGAGAUCACAUCUCUUUGGUAUCCAAUCAGUAACAACCACAUUGUCAAUCGGAUUUAUCGCAAUUGGUUUAAACUAUUGGUUUAUUUCGUCAUUAUCACUCUUCGAGGAGACAACAGGACAAGAGUUUCUUGCAAAAGCGGAACUAAUUAUGCUGUUAUGCUUUAUAAACAGUUUGUCCAUGAUGCACAUCACAGCAGCGAGUACUUCGAUCUGGAGGGGCAGAGCAGUGAGGGAGAUCAUCGAUAUUCUCGAUGAAGUAGACGCCAGUUUAAACAACUGCUCAAAGAUGGAUUUCGGUUUAUCGGAUCUUGUAGCCUCUUGUUUGAACUUUUUCGUCGUUGUUUGGCGAUGCUGUAACUCUCAGGGUAACAUCGUCUGGCCAUUGUAUCUUUCCGUUCUGUCCAUAAACUUAUGGUUAGUAAUCGCACAAUUUUCAGUUCUGUCCUCUCUCAUAAACAGCAGGUUAGAAGCAGCUUGCGAGUCCUUGAACGAACUCAAGAUGAGAUCCGAUUCGCCUUACAAAGAUCAGAAGGUCGCCAUACUCUCCGAUGUCCACAACAAGCUCUGCGACGCCGGCGAGAUCCUCCAUACUGCCUUCGCUUGGCUGCUCACUGUAUUAGUCGCUGUGUGCUGUUUAGGAAUCAUUGCACUUACUUUUUACAUGUAUGGGGUCCAACGAAUAAUCAAAUACUUUGACAUUCGUCUUCUACUCUUCGAAGAUGACAAGGUAUUGUGGAUUAUUUGCUUCUUCACCAUCACUUGGAAAAUCGCUGCCUCUUCAUCAGAACUAACUCAAAAGGUUGUCAAAUUACUUAACUAUAAAUAA